AUGAAGCCAACUUGCUUGGGCCCGUUCGUUCACAAGUUUCACAAGCUCCACGAGGCCGCAGACGUCGAAGAGUUCAAGCGAAUCUUUAUUGACUGCCUUGAAUGCCACUAUCACACUUAUACGAUGGGCCACAUUUUGCCUCGCGAUGUUGGCGAGAACAACUUGAUGUUCGCUGACCCGAAAGAGGUUGCUCCUUCUGAGACUACUGACGAUCGCUCGUCGAGGUGGGGUGCCCUGCACGACUUCGAUUUGGGUUCCGAAAUAGACGAAGACGGCAACGUUCAACCCAGCAACGCUACCUAUCGCACUGGUACACUGCCUUACAUGGCCGUAGACCUUGUGAGAGCACCUUUGAAGCCGUCCCCACGCAUUGAAUAUGUUCCGCCUGCUCACUAUUAUCGCCACGACCUCGAAUCUUUCUUCUAUAUCCUUAUCUUCGCCUCAACUCGAUACACAUUCGAGAAGGGCAGGUGCUUGCCCGUUCCAGCAUGCCUCCGGACGUGGCAAGACUGUGCGACAGCGUCCGACAGCAAGAAUGCCUUCUUCGGUUACCGCGGUUCUGAAGCCGUGAAAGUCGCUGUGUUGGAUCACUUUCUGCCUCUCUGGGAUGAAUGGAUCUUUCCCCUCUAUAUCAUGUUCAAAACUGCCUUCAGCACCAUCCCAGAGCCAGGAUUCCCUACCUUCAAGACGUAUGACAUGGUGACCUUGAACGAGCAGAUCACGUUUGAGGCCUUCAUGGCCACGAUUAAGGUCACCCCUCGUAACUCAGCGGGCGAACGAACGAGGUAG